UCUCCUGCUUUUCUUUCUCCGAGCGGCGCUCGCGGCGAGACGAAGAGAGAAACGGCGGAGCACGCCGCCGCCGCCGCCGGCUGGCCUCCUCUCUCUCCUUCCCGACCACGCGCACUAGACUUUCUCUCCCCUGCGUGGCCUCGGCCGGCGAGCAGGUUUGGAGGAGGGCGACAACCUCGGUUCGAGUCGGAUUGGAAGAACUGUAACACAAGUUCUACUAGAGAAGAUAUACACCCCCUUUUGUUGUGCUCUGUUUUGGUAUGGAGGAAGAUUCUGGUAGAUCCACAUCGACAACUGGUUUUCUUAGAAGAGGCUCUAGUGCCUCCUUAAAAAAUCAAGGCAACGAGGAGAAGGAGAGGCCAAACAAAACAAAGCUCAAUCCAAUGAAAGAUAGGUGGGCUGACAAUAAGGAGAAGCCAAGAUAUUUACGUGAGCCAUUUCGUUCAUCAGGCAAUAAGGCUGCAUGUCCAAGCUCUUCAAAAACUCCUAUCAGGAAAUAUUACGAGGAAAAGCAAGGGCGUCCGUUCUUGGCACAGGCAGACAAUGCGGAAAGCAGUAGCAGAAGAACCGAGGCCAACCGUUUGCAGUGUAGCAAGAAAGCUGUUGUUGAGGAGGAUGCACAUCCAUAUGGUCAGCAGGCUGAGCCAGAAGAUUUAUUGUCCACAUCUACUACUGAAGAUCAGCCUGCAGAAUUUGGUGCUGAUCUAUUAGAUUCUUCUGUUUCUUCAGAGAUGUCUUCACACGCAUUUGGUUCUGUAGUCAGAAAUACUGCAUUGAGAUCCAAAUCACGUCAGCAGAAGGAUAAAGAAGAAUUGCCUCAGAUUAGACCACAAACUGCUUCUCCUUUUGUUAAUCGGUCUACGAUACCUAGAAAUUCUACCAAUGGUGUGAAAUCACCAAAUGCUUCUGGUUCUGGGGUACAGAGACGGACUCUAAAAAACCUUGGCUGCACAUCAAUAUCUGAUGUUUUGCCUUCUGGCUGUUCUUCAUCUAAUUCUGUUCAUAAUAAGAGGGCUGAGGUUAUGAGAAACAAGGCAUUUGAUGGAGAGAGUUCUUCUAGACCAAGGGGCUUAAAUGGACACUCUAGUUUAGGCCAUUCACCUGCCAUGUAUUCUGGCAUCACUGGUCCUAGAAUCAGAGCUGCUGAACAAUCAGCUUCUCAACAAACAAGGACAAGUAGCAGAAUUGUUCAGGAGCCUGCAGAUUCUGUAAGGGCUAGGCGACCUUAUACUCAGCAUGCCAGAGCAAGAAUGCCAAAUGAAAGGGAGGAUAGUGUGUUUUCUCUUCGUGAGACUGUUACAAGGACCCGCCAACCAGAAUGGUCUCAUUUUUCCUUGGAUGAAGCACCCCCACGGAGAUCGAUGAGGCCUUUCUCUAUGGAAUUACCUCAUGAGAUAUACUCUUCUAGUCGGCAAGGCUCAAGUAAUCAGACAGCAAGGAGCAGAUCAAGUUAUCGACCUGAGGAAAGUCCUCCACAAAUGUUUCAUGAUCUGCUAGUGGAGAGAGAUAGCUACAGGCGUAUAAACAUGGAAGGGAUCACUGAGGUGUUGCUAGCAUUGGACAGGAUUGGACAGGAUGAUGAAUUGUCAUAUGAGCAAUUGCUGGUGCUGGAAACUAACCUGUUUCUUAGCGGCCUUGGCCUGCAUGACCAGCACAGAGAUAUGAGGAUGGAUAUUGACAACAUGUCUUAUGAGGAACUAUUAGCAUUAGAGGAGCGAAUUGGCUCUGUCAGCACUGCCCUAUCUGAUGAGCAGCUUGUGAAGUGUCUCAAUCGAACUGUGUAUAAGUUACCAAAUUCAGAUCUUGAAGUGAACAGAGCUGUACUAGAUGACAUCAAGUGCAGCAUAUGUCAGGAGGAAUACAUUGAGGGUGAAGAAGUUGGUAGGAUGCAUUGUGAGCAUCAGUACCAUGUGUCCUGCAUUAGUGAAUGGCUUAGACAGAAGAACUGGUGUCCAAUAUGCAAAACUUCAGCAAUACCUUCAGAGAUGGACAAGAGGGGCACAUGAUUACAUGAAUAUAGGUUGCUCAAGGCUUCAAGCUCGUAAAUAUUAUAAUUUUAUAUUGAAACAGUGUUAGACAUGCUAGAUUCUGACUCGAUUCACUCAAAUUUGUGAAUAUGAUAGAUUGUUUUCCUCUUGGAAACUCCUGUACAUUUUUUGUUUCAAUACCUGGUCCUCUUUAAGUUUCAUGUUACCUGCCAUCAGAUAAAAGAGAUCAGAGGACCCUUGUGAAAAGUAA